AUGGCACGUACGAAGCAAACAGCUAGGAAGUCCACCGGAGGAAAGGCACCAAGGAAGCAGUUGGCCACCAAGGCCGCCAGGAAAUCGGCUCCGGCGACCGGAGGAGUGAAGAAGCCGCACAGGUUCCGUCCCGGAACGGUUGCUCUGAGAGAAAUCAGAAAGUACCAGAAGAGCACUGAGCUUUUGAUCCGUAAGUUGCCUUUCCAAAGGCUGGUGAGGGAGAUUGCCCAGGAUUUCAAGACGGAUCUGAGGUUCCAGAGCUCCGCCGUGGCGGCGCUGCAGGAGGCCGCCGAGGCUUACCUUGUUGGACUGUUCGAGGAUACCAAUUUGUGCGCUAUUCAUGCCAAGAGGGUUACCAUCAUGCCCAAGGAUAUCCAGCUUGCUAGGAGGAUUAGGGGCGAGAGGGCUUAA